AUGGCUGCCACUUUUGAGCGUUUGGACCAGGUAGCACUUCUUGCACUUGUAACAGUUGCCGCUUUGAAUUAUCAGAUUUUUACCUAUCAACGGAAGUUUUUAAUGCCUGCCGAGCUCUACACAUAUUUCCCCGCCAUGAUUCAUCAGAAAUUUUUUCCUCCAACUCGGAGCAUAGGAAAGCUGACCCCAGGAAUUGUGCAUUCAGCUUCUGCCCUAGAGCUUCCUUCCACCGGACAACUCUUCUGCUUUGUGGAGACUUCCGCAGUGCAUUAUGAUGACCGUGUACCAUCAAUUGCGUCUACGUGGCUUCCGAAAUGUGACAACGGGCGGUUCUUCACAAAAACUCCACUUCCAAACUCUAAUAUGACUUAUUCUACAGUAUAUUUAAACCUGAAGGACUCCUACUACGACUUGUUCCGAAAAACUACAUUUGGAUUCUAUUACUCUUAUAUGCACAUUUCAAAAUCCUUCGAUUGGUACCUAAAAGCUGAUGACGAUACUUAUUUCGCAAUGGACCAUUUGAAGGAGUACCUGAGCACGCUGGAUCCUACAAAGCCACUGUACUUAGGCUAUGUUCUGAAACCGUAUUUUAAAAAUGGCUACAACUCCGGAGGUUCCGGCUACAUACUAUCCAACGCUGCAGUGAAACUAUUCGUGGAGAAGCUGUAUCACGACGAGUACACAUGCCCCUACGAUUGGGCAGAGGAUCGUGGAAUGGGCAGAUGCAUGGCUCGAGCCGGGAUUUUCCCGACUGAUACCAGAGAUGAUAAAGGGCUGAAUCGAUUCAUGCCGUUCAAGCCCAGUGAGCUCGCCGGAGUUGGGCCUGAAUGGCAUUAUUAUCCGAUGGAGGCCGGUCAAUAUGCAUCACAGAAGUUCGUUUCCCUUCACCGCCUCCCUCAGGACAUGAUGAUCUCCCUCGACGAUAUUCUCCACCCAAAGCUGGGCAAACGUGUAUAUAAUCCGAAAUUUGUGAAACUUGAUUAG